AUGACCGCGACCGGCGAAUCGCGCGCUGCGAUGCCCAAGCGAGAUGUCAGUCCGCUGGGCGCCUCUCGCUUCGAGCGCCCAUAUAGCCCUCGCAGCGUCCACACCUCGGCCACCAACUCGCCUGACACUCCCAUCGGCAGCAAGAGCAAUCUGCCCUUCCCCAAGGACCUCCCUCGCCCAAACAGAGGUAGACCCGCCUCCGUCUUCUCCAAGGAAACCAUGGAGACCGCUCCCACCUCCGUCGCCUCCGCCCACGACUACCGCAAGGACAGCGUAGAGAGUCCGGUGUCGGUGGUAAGUCCAGCACGUAAGCACUCGACAAGUUGUCUCUGACUGUUCGCACCAGCUCUCACCCGACGAUUGGUUUGCCAAAUUCCGCUGCGACGAGGAACCCGGAUUGCAGAGCGACCAAUGCCCCGACCGAGCCACCCUCGCCGCCGUUCAGGACAUCCCCCUGUACGAUGCAGAGGGCCAGCCGCGACCUUUCGGCUCCCUCUACAGCCCCGAGACCGCAACCCACCAACGCCAGCUCCUCAUCUUCGUCCGCCAUUUCUACUGCGGUGCUUGCCAGGCCUACCUCCAGGCCGUCACGGAGAGCAUCAGCAUGCCCGAAUACUUCUCCAUCCCCAUCCCGACCUCGAUCAUCAUCAUCGGAUGCGGUGAGGCUUCCAUGAUUCCGCACUACAAGACCUUCACCGGCUGCCCCUUCCCCAUGUUCGCCGAUCCCACUCGGACGCUCUUCAAGAAGCUCGGCAUGACUUUGAGCGUCAACAUUGGCAGUGAGAGGCCGGAAUACAUGAAAGACAUCAGCCCUGCUGCGUGGGCGGGUGGCCAGGUGACGACGGUCCGGAAGAGCUUGAAGGAUCCGGAAGGUAUCCGUAAGCGGGAUAUCUUGAAAGGAGGCAACCUUUUCCAAAUUGGUGGAGAAUUCAUGUUCGACGAUGGACAGGUAGUGUGGUGUCAUCGGAUGAAGAACUACCGAAACCACACCGACACCAAGCUGUUGAGGAAGAUCUUGGGGCUGGACGACUGA